CUUGGCAGUUGUUUGAACUGAUUUCAAGCGAGCGAAUCAAGCGAACUUUUGUGCUUUACGUGCUACAAUUUUGUUUUUGUAAACAAAAUGGCGCUAAUACCAUACUUAUUGGAUUGUGAAUUAAGACCGCGACGUUUCCGUGACCAGCUUUUUGGAUUGGAUUUGUCUCCAGAUGACUUUCUAACUGAUGUUUUUGAUCGUCCGUCUCGGAGCUACUUGCGUCCGUGGAGAAACUUAGCGUCUCUAGCACGCGAUGUCGGUUCUACGAUCAAGUCGGAUAAAGAUAAAUUUCAAGUUAAUUUAGACGUUCAACAUUUCUCACCAGAAGAAAUAUCCGUUAAGACAACCGAUAAUUAUGUGGUCGUCGAAGGUAAACAUGAAGAAAAGAAGGACGAACACGGUUUUAUUUCGAGACAAUUUAAACGCCGGUACGCGUUACCUGAAGGCUGUAAUCCAGAAUUGGUUGAAUCUAAAUUAUCUUCUGACGGAGUUUUGACAAUCACAGCUCCUAAACGUACAUCGGAGAAUGAAAACGAGAGAAUUGUGCCUAUUUCACAAACCGGUCCUGUUCGGCGAAAACUGCAUGAUUCUGAUGAUAAAGAAGAACCCAAUGGUGAAGUAGAAGAAUCAAAAGCUCCACAGAAGAAGAGGAAACGUUAAGUGUAUUAGCCAUCAUAUAUACCUAUCAGUAAUUAUUAGUUUUAAGGAUUUAAUUAAGAUUUAACAAACUCAAAGACUGAGUCUUACUAAUAAUUAAAAAUGAUUUUUAAUAAACAAUAAUUUCUAUCUACA